AUGAAUAACAGAACAAACUCGAUCAAGCGAAAAUCAAGCGACCAAACAACAAAGAUUUUGGCCAAAACAGCAUUAUCAACAGGCUUAAGUCAUGUUCUUGCUCCUACUACUCUAAUUUUUGGAGGUGUUGCAGUUUGGGCCGCCAAUGAAUUAAUCCAAGAAAUGGUUGAAGACGAAGAGGUAAAAGGAAUCAGUCAAUUCUUUGGAGAGGUGGGAGUUGAAUGUGCUCUAGCUGGAGUAAUACUGGAGAUUAACCAUGAAAUGCAUGUAUCACGUGGUAUAAUGCAUCACAAGGAUUGUAAAUCGUGUAUGCAAAAAUGA